GAAUCAACUGAAAUGACAUUCGUCAACCGGUACACAAUUUCGGAAAGUUACUGGCUUGUGGAUGUUUAUGUGGUGGUGUGUAAUACCUAUUGUCCUGCUUUCGAAUGCACCUGAUUACUGUGCAUCAGUUGUUUUGGUUGCAAAUGAUACUAACUUCGACUUACUAAUAUCUCAAUAUGAUGUAGCAUUACUGAAAUUCUCAGCAGAAUGGUGUUAUUAUAGCCAAAUUUUAGCACCAAUCUAUGAACAUGCCUCGGAGAAGGUUACUGAAUUGACGAAAAGUCGUAAAGUUGCUUUUAUCUCAAUAGACUGUGAAAGUAAUCAAAAUCUAUGCGCCAAACAGUAUAUCCGUAAAUAUCCUACAAUUAAAAUAACAAAAUAUGGUAAAAUACUAAAAAGUGAAUAUCGUGAUGAAAGAAGUGUGGAGGCAUUUGUUAAAUUUAUUGAAGCUAACCUAAAGUUUCCGGUUGAAAUUAUCAAUGGUCAUCGGGCUAACCCGGAAAAAUUUUUGGAUAGUUGGGUAAAUAAAAAUGUUGAGACGAAAUGUAUAUUGGCUUUGGUUGAUCAGUUAAAUACUUCUCAUAUGGAUUUAUUUAAAAAAGUCGCUGCUAUUGAACAAAAUUCAUGUAAAUUUUACAUAAAUUAUAAUUUGACAAUGAAUGACGAACGACUUGCAACGUAUGAUACUAUGACUUCUAAAGUUAAAUCUUUAACCAUUUUAAAAAAUGCCGAUCUUACUGCAAUACAUAAUUGGGUAAAGAAUCAAUGCAAUAGUUUGGUACGUGAAAUUACAUUUAGUAAUGCAGAAGAAAUUACUGAAGAACGUUUACCAUUAAUGUUAUUAUUUUAUAAUCCAGAAAAUAAAACAAUAGUUAAUCGUUUUAUGGAAUUUGUCAAUGCACAUUUAAGUCAUCAUCAAUCUACAAUCAAUUUUGUAACAGCGAACGGAAUCACUUUUUCACAUCCAUUAGCUCAUCUAGGCAAAUCUAAAGAAGAUCUACCGUUUAUCUGUCUAGAUUCAUUUGCACAUAUGUAUGUAUAUCCUGGGUCACUAGAGAUGGCAUUAAGGUUAGUUGAAUGCUCUGUUCUUUUGUGUUGUUUAGUUGUAUCUAUUCUAACCUAUGUUCAAUCCUGUCAAACCUUAGGUUUAAUAAUUAACUAGAAUUGUAAACACUAUGUUGAAGAAUGGAAAUUUGUCAGUUGAUUAUUCUCCGUUUAGUUUGAUGUUAUCGAAGAUGUGUUGUUAACCAUUUUGUGGAUGUUUUCAAGUUAAUCUGUCUUGUAAAUGACAAAUAUUUCAUCUACGUAAUUAUGACCUUAAAACGUUUCAUAACCAUUAUAUCUUCGGAAUACUUAACUGACAUAGUACCUAGUAACUGAGGAUCUGACGAUUCAAUUAAGAAUACAAAGAUGAUCAAAAUGGAUCUAUUUGACCUCAAAAGUAAAUCGAAACUAAAUCCGACUACACUAUUUUAUAUUCACAGUCAGAUUUGUAUAAAUUACCCUGAGUUGUUUUUAUGAUCAAUUUUUAUCAAAACUUAAUGUGUGAACACGUAUUUACAAUAUCAUACAACUAAGCAUCCAUAGAGAAAGGGUAUUACUAACUGAAUAAGUUAUACAAUCACUCCUUUUUCUAGAUGUAAUCAAAUAUUGCAGACAAUCGAGAGAAACCAAUUUUAUGUAUUGUUUAUACUCCAAUCGAUUUGAUCAUUAGUUACUAUAUCAUUAACUCUGUGUGAUUAGUUCUGAUAAAGAGUAUCUCAUUAGAGUCGUUUUAGUGUGUUUGUUAAUCUACCCAUUAAAUUGAAAAUGUGUUGAAAGGCAUAGAUGGAUAAGCUCUUUUGAACAUACCCGAUGCAUUAAGUAUGUUCGGAGAGUUGUUCUUCAUUGAUGAGCAGCUAUGAUGUGUUAACUUAGGCGAAUUUUUUUCUUGUAAAAGGAAAUUUGUCAUUCUCGGAAUAUACCAUAAAUUCGUUGCUGUUUAGUUGUAUGUUUUUGAUCUUGUCUAAGAUCGAACACAAAAUGACUAUAAAAACAACAUAACAUUUGAUCACUCAUAUCAAUCCAUACAGACAAAUACGGGCAUGAAUUCUAUUUGGAAAUUGUCAGUUCUAGAUCGAUAAUUUCUGGAAGAAUAAUAUUCAGACAAACCUGCAAUUAAUAGUAUAUCUGUAUAGACGCUUUUUACCAACCUAUGCAGAAAGUGCUAAUCAAUCUAUGUUACUCAGUCAGACUGUCAUUUUAAUGUUUGUAAAUAAUUCUAGUUCACUUCGAAAAUUUCGAAAAAUAAUCUCAUUUAGAUUAGGUGCAGACUAUCUGAUUAAGGUUCGCCCGAUUAUCAUAACCAAUGGUUGGAGACUAUAGGUGAAUCAGCUAGAAAACGUUCGCAACAGCUCAGGUGGAUACAGUCUUUUCCAAAUGAUCCAGAGUUUCUGAGAUACUUUAUAAUUCUUUUUUUUUCUUUCCACUUAUCCACAUUUCCUUCCCGAAUCGAUGUUUAAUCUUUUCUAUUAUCAUUAACAUUGUUACUACUUUUAAUGCUCUGAGUUAUGGAUAUGAGAUACUGUAAUAAUUUCACCUUAAUGUACCAACAAGGUUUGGCACAUUGAACUGAUACACAUGUUUGGCAGGUUCUAUGUUGCGUUUGACUAACUGAUGUUGCUACAAUAUACUAUGACCAUGCAUAUAUAUGUGUGUCCUUCUUCCCUUAUUUUUUCCAUUCAUAUUUCUCUUGUUUGCUUUUUAUCGGUUUGUUGGGUUUUUUUCUAGUGAUCCAAAACUAUUGGAUCAGUUUGUUGAAGAUCUAAAAUCUGGUAAACUACACAUGGAAUAUCAUUAUGGACCAGGCGGUGGAACAACGACUACAUCUCCAAUAACCGAGGAUGACGAAUCAGUCAAAACUACACCACAUGUUUCUGUAUUCCAACAUUUAAGCCCAUCAAGAAUGCGAUAUACAAUUAUACAUGAUGAAUUCUAACAAAAUAUAAACAUGUAGGUAUAUACAUAUAGUCUGACAUCCUGUAAUUUUGUUCAUAUAACACAUCUCCUUUUUUUUGAAUACAUUCAACUUAUAGAAAUGGAAGAAAAGGGACAUGAUUGAUGUUUUGUGCUCUGUUCUCACUAUUUUUUUUCGCUUUCUCUCUCUACGUUAUUUUAUGUAGGAUGAAUUCUAUAUUUUCUUUAAUGACAAAGAUUUGUAUACGUGUAAUGUUAUUGCAUGUGUACAUGGUGUAAUGUGUAACAUGGAUGAUAUCAUCAUCUCCCCAUCCUCAUUCUCUUAUUAAGUACCAUUACUUUAAAUUAAACAGUGAUUGUUCUGUUUUCCUUUUUUUUUUCUUUUUUCUAUUGUUGUACAUUUUCCUUCUACACGAAUGUGAAUAUGUUAAAGGCGAAAGAGGGAGAACGUUCGUCUAUCAGUUGUUUAUCUCUGUUCUAUUUGAAUCUACUUUAUUUUCUUUCUUUUUCUGAAUAUCUUUUUUUUUUUAAUACUUUCAAACUGUGUGUUACUUUGUGUAGUGAAGUAUUUUGUUCAUUGAUAUGACAUAAUUCACUAUGCAUUGUACUCUAUUACUAAAGAAAUUUUGUAAUUAUAUCAUUUCUUUUCUAAUUAUUAUUAUUGUUAUUGUCUUUCAUAGUUACUUAUUUCUUAUUACUACUAAUAUUAUAAUGGUUAUCGGUGACUAUGUGUGUGUGUGUGUAUGUUAUAGAUUGAAGUAAUUCACUUCUAUAGGUGUAUUAUGUUGUAGUGUGAUAACUUUAUAAUCACGUGAUUGUGUGUGCGCACACAUACACACACACACACACAACUGCUAUAGAGUGAUUAAAUGAUAGCGAAAGAGAUCAUGAAAAGUAACAGAGUGUAUAAAUUAUAUAAUUUAAUAAAUGAUAAACGACUAAGAUGAUAUAGUUUGUUUUUUUCUUCCAAUAGUUUUCUUUUCGUUUUUUUUUGUUCUCUCAAAAAUUCUACUUUUAUAAUCGUUUUCAUGGUGAAUUAGAGAUACUGUAUUUCCUUUUUUUUUUGUUAACCGGAUAAUGGAUCUUUUUUUUUUGUAAUUGUAAUGUUUGAAGUUAUAUUAUGUUUACCGUGCACAGUAACAUAAAUAAAGAAUUUCUAAUGUGUGGAAAUG